CGAGACUACACGAUCUCUGCUCAGAGUCCGCGUACAGCCGUGCAAGGUGGGGCAGCGCGUCUCCCGGUCAACUUGUAAAAGUGUAACUUUGUGUCGUUAUAUGGCGGAUUUAUCAACAAACUGCGUUGAAACACGUUAACAGGCUCGUUUUACAGCACUUUGAGAGUUUGUAGUCGGGCGGAGCUGUGAGCCUGCUGGACUGCGACGGACCGGUGUCAUGGCCUCCGGUAAGAACAAGAACCAGACUUCUCUGGCCCUCCAUAAGGUGAUCAUGGUGGGCAGCGGGGGGGUGGGGAAGUCCGCCCUCACCCUUCAGUUCAUGUACGACGAGUUCGUGGAGGACUACGAGCCCACCAAGGCCGACAGCUACAGGAAGAAGGUGGUGCUGGACGGCGAGGACGUCCAGAUCGACAUCCUGGACACGGCGGGUCAGGAGGACUACGCCGCCAUCAGGGACAACUACUUCCGCAGCGGGGAGGGCUUCCUGCUGCUGUUCUCCAUCACGGAGCACGAGUCCUUCACCGCCGUGUCCGAGUUCAGGGAGCAGAUCCUGCGGGUGAAGGAGGAGGAGGCCAUCCCUCUGCUGCUGGUGGGGAACAAGUCGGACCUGGAGGAGCGGCGGCAGGUUUCUGCUGACGAGGGCACGGCGAAGGCCACCGAGUGGGGGGUGCAGUACGUGGAGACGUCGGCCAAGACGAGGGCCAACGUGGACAAGGUGUUCUUCGACCUCAUGCGGGAGGUCCGCAAGAAGAAGAUGGCGGAGAGCAAAGACAAAAACGGACCGAGCGGAAAGAAGAAGAAGAAGCGCUGCUGCAUACUUUAACUCUCAGCCGAGGUGACAAAGUGCCAAAACGAAAUCAGUCAGUCGGACUCAAACAGGCGGAAAGAAAACCAUGAAACUGUCUGACUGCUGCACAAACACUCACUCCAUCAGCAUGAAUACUCAUUCCUCACCUGCACCUUUAUUUUUACACCUGAGUUUGUAUUAUGUUUCUCCAAAUGUAUAAAAUCCACAUUUAAAAAGAA